AUGCAGCAGUCACGGAGUCGCGCCAUCGCCGCGCUCAAGGGCACACGCUCGUUCAGCGCGUCGGCCGCGCGAGCCCAGUCGUCGCCGCUGGCCCGACCCGCCGCGUCGGCCGUCGCGCAGCAUGCCAGGCGCCAGAGCACCGCCGCGGCCGCGCCGUCUUCGUCGUCGUCGGCGGCCGCGGCGUCGCCGUCGCGCGCGCGCCCUGCGCCGGCCUUUAACCGCGAGGACUACGGCGCCGUGCAGCCGCUGAAGCCCUACCGCGCGCCCGAGAUGGACCACUCGUUUGUCGGCAUGACGGGCGGGCAAAUCUUCCACGAGAUGAUGCUGCGUCAGGGCGUCAAGCACAUCUUCGGCUACCCCGGCGGCGCGAUCCUGCCCGUCUUCGACGCCAUCUACCAGUCGCCGCACUUUGACUUUAUCCUGCCCCGACACGAGCAGGGCGCCGGCCACAUGGCCGAGGGCUACGCCCGCGCCAGCGGCAAGCCGGGCGUCGUGCUCGUCACGUCGGGCCCCGGGGCCACCAACGUCGUGACGCCGAUGCAGGACGCGCUCAUGGACGGCACCCCGAUGGUCGUCUUCUCCGGGCAGGUCGUCACCAACAUGAUCGGCUCGGACGCCUUCCAGGAGGCCGACACGGUUGGCAUCACCCGCGCGUGCACCAAGUGGAACGUCAUGGUCAAGAACAUUGCCGAGCUGCCCAAGCGCAUCAACGAGGCGUUUGAGAUUGCCACCAGUGGCCGUCCCGGCCCCGUCCUCGUCGACCUGCCCAAGGACGUGACCGGCGGCACCCUCAACCGCCCCAUCCCCAUGUCCAGCACCCUCCCGCCCUCGACGAGCGCCGCCACGCUCGCGGCGAGGGAGGUCUCGAAGAAGCAGCUCGACGCCUCGAUCCGGAGAGCGGCCGACCUGAUCAACAUGGCCAAGAAGCCCGUCAUCUACGCCGGCCAGGGCGUCCUGCAGACGGCCAACGGGCCCGAGCUUCUCAAGGAGCUCGCGGACAAGGCCAACAUACCCGUGACCACGACCCUCCAGGGCCUCGGCGCCUACGACGAGCUCGACUCCAAGUCGCUGCACAUGCUGGGCAUGCACGGCUCGGCGUAUGCCAACAUGGCCAUGCAGGAGGCCGAUCUGAUCCUCGCCCUCGGCGCCCGGUUCGACGACCGCAUCACCGGCGCGGUGGCCAAGUUCGCGCCGGCCGCCAAGGCUGCCGCCGCAGAGGGCCGCGGUGGCAUUGUCCACUUUGAGAUUAUGCCCAAGAACAUCAACAAGGUCAUCCAGGCAACCGAGGCUGUCGCGGGCGACGUCGGCUCCAGCCUGACCCAGAUGAUGCCCCUUGUCGACACGGUCGAGGACAGGCCCGAGUGGUUCGCGCAGAUUGCCGACUGGAAGAAGCGCUUCCCCUGGGCCUACGAAAAGGAGGGCGACAACGGCAUCAUCAAGCCGCAGACGGUCGUCGAGAAGCUGUCUGAUCUGACGGCACACAUCAAGGACAAGACCAUCAUCACGACCGGUGUCGGACAGCAUCAGAUGUGGGCUGCCCAGCACUUCCGGUGGACACACCCGCGCACCAUGAUCACGUCUGGCGGCCUUGGCACCAUGGGCUACGGCCUGCCCGCCGCCAUCGGCGCCAAGGUCGCGCGCCCCGACUGCCUCGUCAUCGACAUUGACGGCGACUCGUCCUUUUCCAUGACGCUGACGGAGCUGUCGACCGCCGCCGAGUUCAACAUUGGCUGCAAGGUCAUCAUCCUGAACAACGACGAGCAGGGCAUGGUCACCCAGUGGCAGACGCUCUUCUUCGAGGACCGCUUCUCGCACACGCACCAGAAGAACGCCGACUUUGUCAAGCUCGGCGACGCAAUGGGCGUCCAGGCCAGGCGCUGCGUGAAGCUCGAGGACCUCGAGGGCAGCCUCAAGUGGCUCAUCGAGUCGGACGGCCCCGCCCUCCUCGAGGUUGUUGUUGACCAAAAGGUGCCCGUCCUGCCCAUGGUGCCCACAGGCAGCGCCCUGCACGAGUUUCUCGUCUACGACGAAGAGACGCAAAAGAAGCGCAGAGCGCAGACCAAGGACAGAUCGGGUCGCUAG